GUGUGUCAUGUGUAUCACCUGUGUUCCGGUGUGUCACCGGAGCCUAGCAGAGGCAGAAUUCUUGAUUGUAAUUAACCAAGUAACCAUGUGUCUGGAACUGUCCAUUAUGAGCUAGGUUCUGUCAGACCCACAGAGUCAUAGACUCAGGCAGGCCCAGCAACAUUCCAAAACAAGAUUGAAAUUAUGGGAUCAAGGCUAAGCAAGACCAGAAGAUAUGAGUUAACUGCAUGAGCAGAUAUCAGAGGACAUCAGAGUGUUUCAGUCAAGACUGAAAGGAGUAAAACCUAGCCUAAAUUAAGGGGGAUUUACUAAGAAGAUAUUUGUGUUCUCAUGGCAAUGAUGACUCUCUAAGCUCAUGGAAAAUUGAACUGGCAUCUGGAAAAGCAUCAGUAACAAGGCUGUGUGUAAUGGUUGAUCAGCUCCAAGGAACAUGGAAAUCCAUUUCUUGCGAAAAUUUUGAAGAAUAUAUGAAAGAGCUGGGAAUAGGAAGAGCCAGAAGGAAACUUGGCUGUCUGGCAAAACCCACGGUGACCAUCAGUACACAGGAAGGUCUGAUCACUAUAAAAACCAGAAGCAUCUUUAAAAAUAAUGAGAUCUCCUUUAAACUGGGAGAAGAGUUUGAGGAAAAUACACCAGGUGGCCAUAAAACCAAGAGUGUGGUAAACUUAGAUAAUGACUCUCUGAUUCAAGUUCAGGACUGGAAUGGCAAAGAGACCACCAUAAAGAGAAAGGUGGUGGAUGGGAAAAUGGUGGUGAAUGCGGGAAAACAUUGGCAGAUAAAUGUAUGAUCAUAAGUCGUGUAAAAUGUGCAUGGAUUGAGGAACUAAAAAAACGAAAGAACAUAAAAAAAUGUGUUGCCUACUUCUUUGACUUGUCAUAAACCAAAACAAGCAUGCAUUUGUGCAAUAAAGAUUUCAGCAGGGAUUUCGAGUUGUUGUUAAUCCUUCACUCCAUACUAGGAUUAAUUUCUCACUGUUUUCCAGUUUAACACCAAACACGUGGAAAGGAAACUUAAACUAAUGCAAAGCUUAAGUGGUAUCUACUUGGUGUAUGGAUGAGUUGACACAAUUAAAAACUAACAUUUCUGUGGUUGUUGUGUCUGCAUGUUUUCAUAUAUUAUUUACCCACUCCUCACAAUAAUCCUGUGAGGUAAGACUUGUUAGUCCAUUUACCAGGUGAGAAAACUGAGAUUCAGCCACUGACUUCACCUAAGGAUAUUCAGCUAGAAAAACAUGGUGGUGCUGGGAUUAAAACCCAGGUUGGUUUCAUUCCCAAGUAUACUUUUUAAGUCCACCCUUCUCUCUCUGAGGAUGGCUUCUCAGUUCAUCUUUCUCCCUACACAGUGGAGGGACAUAUGCCAAUGAUUCUUCUUCCCAAACUGCCAAUUCCACAAAAAUGAAUAAAAAAGCCAUUUUGGACAUAAUAUCAAAUAGUUCUAAGGGAAUAUGCAAGAAUUGUGUGGAGGUAAAAAACAAACAAACAAACAAACAAACAAACAAAAACAAACCUAU